ACAGCACGGCGCGGUCUUGUAACUUCUGACCAACUUCUUCGGCAACGGGGAAGUUUUGGAGAGCAAAUCCCGGACGCUGAAAAAAGUCUCAAAGUUAUUAAGAAAGAAAACAUUUCCAAAGGCAGGCCCAAGUAUGGAAGACUUAGACGCGCUGCUGGCGGACCUGGAGUCGACGACGUCCCACAUCUCCAAGCGGCCCGUGUUCCUGCCCGACGAGACGCCCUACUCCAUCCCCACCGGGGGGAACUCCUUCCAGGAGGAUGUGUCUCUCCCACCCCCGGUCCCUCCACCUCCCUCAGCCGAGGCCCUGAACGGCUCUGUGAUCGACCCCCUGGGGUCCCUGCACUCCUCCCAGCAGUCGUUGGGCUCGGCCCAGAAGAGCUCGUGGUCCCAGGACAGCAACAGCCCCACCCUGUCUCAUAUAGAGGAGGAUCACGUCUACAGCUUCCCAAACAAACAGAAGUCGUCCGACUCCUCCGCGUCCGCCAUGAACUCGGCCCUGGGCAGCAACCUGUCAGAGCUGGACAGACUGCUGCUGGAGCUCAACGCUGUCCAGCAGAACUCGCCCUCCUUCCCCACCACAGAGGAGGCCGCCCCGCCCCUGCCCUCCUGCAGCAUCACCCACUACGAGAACGGGGUGGGCCCCUCCUCUCAGGACAAGCCCAAGAGGAACGGCACCCGGGGGGGCGAGGAGGGGCGCCCCACCGUGGAGAGCCUGCUGGAUGAGCUGGAGGGCUCUGUUCCCACCACCAGCCCCAGCCCCUCGGUGCUCCACAGUGAGCUGGACACGCCCUCACAGCAGCAGGCCAGAAUCUCAGCCUCCUGUGCCACCCGCGAGCUGGAUGAGCUUAUGGCCUCCCUGUCUGACUUUAAGCCCAGCUCUCUGGGCUCUGUGAACUCUGACCCCCAGCUUGAUCAGGCGGGAGUCUCCCCUAGCCCUCCGGGCGUCCGUCCUCCAGGCCCCGCCUCCUCCCCUUCCCCCGCCGUGCCGUCCCCCCUCUCCCCCCCCCGGCCCUUCUGCGACUCCCCCGUGUUCUCGCACCCGGCGUCUCUGGAGCUCCACAUCGAGGAGGAGGGGGGGGUGGAGCCGAGGGCCACGCCUCGCGUGCCCCCGCCCCCGCGGAGCCCCCCCUCCCCCCUCUCGACGGCCAGCGACCUCGAGGCGGACACCGUCGUCGACGUGUCGCCCGUCAUGCUGUCCUAUCAUCACAAGUCCCUGGUUGUCCUCUCCCACGCCUCCAGCCCAUCUCCCCCCAGUACAAGCCCCCUGAGACCAGGGCCCAGUCCCGUCCACAGCCCUAAACCCUCGCCCAGUCCCACCAGCCCCGCCUGCAAGCCCCCCAGUCCCUCCCUCGAACUCUUCUCAUUGACGGUGGAAGAGCUCUCCUGUGAACUCGAGCCCACGGCCAACGGACUCAGCCUCCUGCGGGACCUGGAGCUCAACUUCUCCAGCCCGGCUCCCUUCAAGAGCUUCACUCCCCCCCUCGCCCAUGCCCCCAAGUCCCCCUCCCCAGCCAGCAUCACCAAGUCCCCCUCCCAAGCCAGCAUCACCAAGUCCCCCUCUCCUACCCUCACAGCCCCCAAGCAGCCCUCGCCAUCUCCAGCCACGUCUAAAGCCCCUUCCACCCCGGUAUUCACCAGGAAGGAGAUGUCCCCGGUGUCCCCGGCGACAGACCCCUCCCUGGAUGGAGCCCUGGACAAGCUGCUGGCCAUGAGCUUCAGUAAGAUGGAGAACGACCGAGCGGCCCACCUAGAGAGGGAGGUCCCUCAGCUGAAGAGGGAGACCCUGGGCCUGAACAGAGACGGCGUGCCGGAGGUCCACGAGGAGGCGGUGGUGUCCGCCGACCGGAGAGACGUUCAGCCGGACACCAGCACCCAGGACGGCUCGGUGGACGGCUGCAUGGACGGCCAGCGGGAUGUGCUGGACUGGGCCGACGUGGAGCUCAACAUGUCCCUCCACGACGGCAUGGACGGCUCCAUGACCUCCUAUACGGAGAGGCUGUACACGGACGGCAGCAUGACCCCCCUGACCGAGGCCAGCUGGAUGGACGAGUCGCUGACCCCGUCCUCCUGCCCCGGGACGCCUGACGCCGCCUUUGACCUGCCCCUGCUCCAGCCCGCCACCCUGGACAGGAUGUCUGCCUCGGGACAUCUCAAGUCCGUGAUCAGGCGCACUAAGGAGACACCCAACGUGCACCCCAUGUACCGCGACGGGCUCCUGCGCAGGAAGAUGGGUCCCAUCAUCGUCAACAAGAGCAGCUCGCAGGAUCGGCUCAUAGAGGAGCUCCAGGGGAAGCUGGGGAUCGGCCGCGCCGAGCGCCGCCGCAAGCAGCCCGACGACUGGCUCACCGAGGGCGUCAUCGUCAUGUCCAAGCCCCAGCGCUUCCGCCCCGAGGGGGCGGGGGUAGAGGUGGACAAGAUCAUCAUCCCCCCAGAGUCCCCCGUCCCUCAGAGGAAGAUCAUCCUCCCUCCUCCGUCCCCCCCCGCCCCGCGCCGCCCGCCCCCCGUAGAGGAACGCACCCCCCCGCCGCCUGUGAAACAGGCCCCUCUCCCCGUGCCCCCACCUCCUCCUCCUCCUCCCCCCACACCCCCUCCACAACCCCCCCAGGAGCCCAUCCCUGCCCCUCCCCCGCAGCCAAAGCCCCAGCCUGUCCCCGUGCAAAGGCCUCCCUCCCCUAAACCGGAGCCCCCUCGGCCCGUCCCCCAAGCCCCGCCCCCCCAGCCUCCACCCGUGGAGCUACCACCUCCCCCGCCCCCCAAAGUUCUGGUGUCGGUUGGCUGUCAAACAGAAUACGACCCCAUCUUCCCUCCGAUGCAGAUCAUGGCUCAGGGGAAGGGCGGGGCCCCCGGAGGACCCCCGACGCAGGUUAACAAGCUGGACAACAUGCUGGGCAGCCUGCAGUCUGACCUCCACAAACUGGGCGUGCAGACCGUGGCCAAGGGCGUGUGUGGGGCCUGCUGUAAACCCAUAGUGGGACAGGUGGUCACUGCCAUGGGACGUACAUGGCACCCCGAGCAUUUCGUGUGCACGCACUGUCAGGAGGAGAUCGGCUCCAGGAACUUCUUUGAGCGGGAUGGCCAGCCUUACUGUGAGAAGGACUACCACAACCUGUUCUCCCCGCGCUGCUACUACUGCAACGGACCCAUACUGGACAAAGUUGUGACGGCGCUGGACCGGACAUGGCACCCGGAGCACUUCUUCUGUGCUCAGUGCGGAUCGUUCUUCGGCCCGGAGGGCUUCCACGAGAAGGACGGCAAGGCGUACUGCAGGAAGGACUACUUUGACAUGUUUGCGCCCAAGUGCGGCGGCUGCGCCCGCGCCAUCCUGGAGAACUACAUCUCCGCCCUCAACUCCCUCUGGCACCCCGAGUGCUUCGUCUGCAGGGAGUGCUUCACCCCCUUUGUGAACGGGAGUUUCUUUGAGCACGACGGCCAGCCGUACUGCGAGGUCCACUACCAUGAGCGUCGGGGGUCCCUCUGCUCCGGCUGCCAGAAGCCCAUCACCGGCCGCUGCAUCACCGCCAUGGCCAAGAAGUUCCACCCGGAGCACUUUGUCUGUGCCUUCUGCCUCAAGCAGCUCAACAAGGGCACCUUCAAGGAGCAGAAUGACAAGCCCUACUGCCAGGGCUGCUUUGUCAAGCUUUUCAGUUAGAGGGGGAGGAUGACAGAGAAAGAGAGCCAGAUAGAGAGAAAGAGAGAGAGAAAGUAUACGCCUGUAUGUAUUCAAUUGAGUUUGGGGAAAAAGGGGGGGCGCACCGAAUGUUUCUCAGAAAGGGUGUAUUUGAGGGGGUUGUCUGCGUACAGAUGUCUAACUAUGGAAUUAUGUAUGGCUCAAGUAUGUAGGUGUCAGUAUAUGUAGUUUAGGUAUAAUAUGCUGGAGAUUCCAACAGUCUCCCGUUGGCGCCCGGAGUGUAAUGGAUCUAGUCAGGCUCAGGCCUGCCCCUGCUCUCUUCUGAUGCUCAAACAGCGUGGUUUUCUUCAAGCCCUAACAGUUAACCUGAAAUAGUUAGGGUACGUGCUUGCUGACGUGAACACUGUACGAACACAUUGAAACACAUGACAAGUGUUUGAGGUAUGUUGCUCACUGGUUGAGUGUUUCUGUUUGAAAUCAUAAAAAAAUGUGUCUAUAUUAUAGCAGGAAGCAGGCAUUAAGCAGUUGACCUGUUGUUUUCUUUUUUUAAAUCUUGUGAAAACUUUGCUCAACUUGUGAAAGAUAGGCUCUUGUGACAUUUUACCACUUUUCUCCUCCUGUGACCGAUAACAGAACUGAACGUAUAAUUGUAGCAUUGACUGGAAAUAGGCUGUCAGUAGUCAGAUUUAUUUUUGUACUUGUGACUGCAUGGUCAAGACAUCAACACCCUCGAGGGCUCACACACACCCAGGUUUAGAGAUACAUUUUCUGACUCAUCACAUUAACCCUCAUGUACUUUAUAAUGAAUCUUUCAAAUUUUCAAAAUUCUAAGAUAUCACUGUAAUACAUUUAGUUGGAAUGUCAUCUCAGGUUUCAAUCAAGUCUAAUUUCCUCCUGAACAUAUCCUGAAACAUUUUUGUAAAUAUUUUAAAUGUAUUCUCGUUCAAAGCGCUGGUCAUUUCAAAUGUGUCCAUCUCUUCAAUAACCACUCUUUCAGAGACCUGAGAAGGGCUAGCUGACAGCUUUUGUCUUUGCCAUUUUUUCUACAGCAAACAACGAUGCAUUUCACAUUUUGUAAAAAGCAUUAUUGCAAAGAACACCCCAAGUUGCCUACACAGUGGCAGUUGUUUUUUGCAAUGGUCUGCACCAAGACUUUCUCAUUGUAGCCGUUUAAGAAAGUCUGUUGAGUCCUUGAUUCCGUAUUCUUCAAGGAUUUAAUUUCUUUGCCAAUGUCUUUUACACUGGUAAAACCAGCAAAAUACUGAUUGAAGGACUCAUUUGUGGUCUGAUCUUUCAGUCAGUCCACUGGAUAAGUUAGAAAUGAUCUGAAAGUGAGCUCAGAUAACAAGGGAGAGGGAUGUGUUUAACCUAGCCUGCUGUUGUCUUUCUACACUAGUUGAAUUUUUGUUGGCUUAUUACAUUUAUCAUGUAAUGUGCAUUAUAUUGGGCCUGUACGUUUUCAGGGAUUUACACCCAGAGCCUUUUAAUUUCUUUGUGCUGUGUUAUAUUUAAGAAAUCCUGUCCAGAAUCAUUUAAAGAGUGUUAUUUAACCAAAGCAAUACCUUUUUAAAAUGUUGUUCUCUCACGCUCGGUUUAAAUGUAACACUGAUCCAACUCAUUUCUUGGCUGAUUAUGCAAAUAAAAAUCUGUUUUGGUAA